AACAUCGCAUUUUGGACAAAAAGAAGAAGAAAAAAUGGCGGGCUUCUUGCGGGCUAAGCAAGCGGGUGUUCAGAAGGAUCUUUCUGCAGGAAUUGCCCCGGGGGCGUUCAAGCCUGAUGAACAGGCUCGAUAUGGCAUCUCUUCCCAGAUCAGCUGCCUGACCUACGACCCGACGCAAUCCCUCUUGGCCGUCGGCACGACAGCGUCCAAAUAUGGCCCCGCCCAAAUCUACGUCUUUGGCGGCCGCCGCGUCGCACGCACCAUCACCCUCAAUCAGACCUCCGGUCUCUCGGCGCUGGCAUCAUCAAUAGGGACCUCUGGCGCCGCCGCCCUCCAGCCGCCGCUCUCCGUCCGCUACCUCGCCUUCGUGGCCAACCGCCUGGUCAGCCUCGACAGCCACAACGAGCUGGCCGUGUGGGACCCGGAUACCGGCCAGAAGGUGUGCAGGACAACGUACGGGCGCGCGUCGUGCGUGACGACGGAUCCGGGCCUGGAUUGGGCCUUUGUCGGGUCCGAGAACGGCGGGGACGUGUGGGCCUUUGACCUGGACCGCGGGACGCCCGCCGCCGGGUGGAGGCUGGGCAAUCUCUGGAACUCGCCCGAGCGGCCCGGUGCGCGGACGGGCAGGCCUGUCUCCGCCUUCGCGGUCGGGGUGGUCAGCCUGCAGCUGCACCCGAGGGAUAUCGGCAAGCUGUUGAUCGGGUAUACCACCGGGGCGGUGAUUUACUCGUUCAAGCAGAACGUGGCCACCAAGUUCUUCGAGUAUGUCGUCCCCGCGCGCGCCAGGGGCGGGAACGGGAUAGGCACGGAGAAGGAGAGGAGGCCGAGGCUGGUGCAGGCUGUUUGGCACCCUUCGGGAACGUUCGUGCUCACGGCGCACGAGGACGGGAGCCUGGUGUUCUGGGACCCCAAGGACGGGAGGCUGGUUGCUGCGCGGUCGAUCUACCACACGAGAGUCAACGAACCGGGGGUCAAUGUAGAGAAGAAGCCGACGCCGCUGGUGCCGUUUGGCAAGAUUACGUGGUGCUGCAAGCAGAACCCGGACGACACGGCGCUCCUGAUCGCGGGCGGGCAGGCGGUGGAUGAGGAGGAGAAGGGCCUGACCUUCCUGGAGCUCGGGCCGACCCCGAUCUAUGCGACGUCGUCGUGGGAGGCGCUGGCGAACCAUUUUGAAGGGAAGAGGCGCCUGACGCUGCCGAUACCACCCGGGGCUGCCGUGGCGAGCUAUUGCUUAGUGCCGCGAUCAUCGCCCUUCUUUGACGGCGCACAAGACCCGAUUGCCAUCUUCACCAUGCUCACCUCGGGUGAGAUCAUCACCUUGACUUUCCCGUCGGGGUACCCCAUCAGCCCGACCAACAUGCUGCACCCGAGCAUGUUGUUUGUGCAUCCGUUCGUGCAGAAGAUCGCGGUCAGCACGGUGCCGAGGCAGAAGUGGCUGGCGCUCGUCGAGACGCGCAAUCAGGGAGGACCGUUCCUGCUGGGAGGUGCCCCCGCACCAAAGAGGAGACGGGUUGGUUGGGACUACCGCAACAUCAUCCAGGUCGCCCACGCCGACAGUACGAUACGGAUAUGGGACGUUGGCCACGACGACGACAUCGAGAACCAGGCUCAGCUGCAGGUGGACGUCGCUCGGGCGCUCGGACGCUUCGAGGAUGUCAGCGUCACCGCCCUUUCCAUGGCCGACGCCACCGGGGAGUUUGCGGCCGGCACAAGGACGGGAGAGGUGGUCAUUUACCGGUGGGGCGGCAACAGGUAUUAUGGAAGAGACGCGACCAAGCCGCUCGAUCCUAACCCCGGCGGUCUGACGGACAUCUCGUCGCGCGCGGAGCCGUCGCUGAAGGAGGGCCUGCAGCCAUUCGUCCUCUACGAGAUGAUGCAGGGCCCGGUCAGCGUGGUCACCGUCUCGGACGUGGGGUUCGUUGCCGCGGGCUCGGAAGGCGGCUUCUUCAGCCUCAUCGACUUGCGCGGACCGCGCGUCAUCUUCCAGGGCUCGCUGACCCAGUUCAUCAAGGAGGACAAGCGGUCCUCAUUCCUCAAGGGACAUUCCUCCAGAGCAUCUGCGACGCUGGAGUUUCCGACGGUCAUCGAAUUCGGUGUGUUGACUCUGGAAGGUGACGGUUAUUCGAGCAUUGCCUGCUUUGUAGGGACGAACCUGGGCCACGUGGUGACCUUCAAGAUCCUCCCGUCGGGACAGACGUACACAGCGCAGUGUGCUGGCGUGACAAAGUGCGGCGGCGACAAGGUCGUGGGGAUCAACCCGCUGAACGUGGAUACCGCGCAACCAGCCAGCGCGACGGGGCUCGCAGUAGCCGGUCUGAGGGAAGGGAGGCAAGUGAAUGGUGUCUUGGUAGCCGUGACACAAACCGAGAUCCGCGUCUUCAAGCCAGCGACCGCCAAGGGCGCCUCCAAGUCUUUCGACGAUCAGCUCUGCGACGCUGCGCGCGUGACUGAGAUCCCGCAUGUUGGCGUCGCUCUCGUAGCAGUCUUCAGCGACCGCACGGCGCGCGCCUACACCCUGCCAGGCCUCAAGGAGAUCGGCCGUGCCACGCUGUCCAUGCUCGACCCGAGCCGCACCAUCUCGGCGGUCAUCUCGCGCACCGGCGAGGUCUUUGGUUGGACCGGCCCGUCCGAGAUUGCCAUCCUGUCAGUCUGGGGUACGGGGCAACCGCUGCCGCCGUCCCGGGAUACGCUCAUCAAUCCGGAGCUCGUCCUGCCUCCACGCCCGACAAUCAGCAACCUCCAGUGGAUCUCGGGCACGCAAUACGUCAGCCCGACGGAUCUCGACUUGUUGAUCGGCGGGGACGACCGGCCGCCGAGCAAGCGGAUGAUGGCUGCGGCGGCGGCCGAGCGGGGGAUGGCGGGCGGCGCCGACAGUGCCGGCACCGGCGCUGGGGGCGCCAGGGCCGGGGCGAGUCAGGAAGGCUGGGGGGAGUAUCUGAGUCGGCAGCUGAACGAGCGUGCCGAGAAGCUGACCAUUGUGGAUGACGCCGUGAAUCGGCUGCAAGAGUCCAGUCAAGGAUGGGCCGAGGGGGUGAACAACUUUGUCAAGAAGCAGAAGAGGGAUCUAUUGAUUGGCGGGGUGAAGAAAUCAUUGUUCUGAGGCUCAAAAAAAAAUGCGCGCGGGCUUGGUCCGAGCAGUAUAAUUAAUGAAAGGGAUAGUUUUGAUUUGCUUCUCUGGAGGACUGGUUUCCUUCCUGGACGGAGUGUAUAUCGAAGUCUUCCUUUGUCGAGACUCCCUCUCUCACAGCUCGG